AUGGGUAUGUUCGAGUGGGCGUUCGGUAAGAGCCUCACCCCUCAGGAACGGCUCAAGAAAAACCAAAGAGCUCUCGAUAGGACACAGAGGGAACUAGAGAGGGAGAAGAAGAAGUUGGAGGCACAGGAGGCGCGGCUCGUGAGAGAGAUCAAGAAGGCCGCUAAGGAGAAUCAAGUUGGUGCGGCACGGAUCAAGGCAAAGGAUCUUGUACGUACGAAGAACUACAUCCAGCGGUUUAGUAACAUGCAGACUCAAUUGCAGGCGAUCUCGUUGCGGAUCCAGGCCGUCAGGAGCACGGACCAGAUGGCUCGGUCCAUGCGUGACGCGUCAGGGCUGUUGGCAGGGAUGAACAGGUCUAUGAACUUACCACAGUUGCAACGGAUCUCCAUGGAGUUCGAGAAACAGAACGACCUUAUGGACCAAAGGCAGGAGUUUAUGGAUGAGGCCGUUGAUGGAGUCAUGGCCGAUGACGAGCUCGAUGAGGACGAGGAGGCCGAAGAGAUCGUCAAUAAAGUCCUUGACGAGAUCGGGGUGGACCUCAACGCACAGCUCAGCAACAGGGCCGGGCCAUUGGGGUCCCUCCAAGGUGUACAACAGCCGCUCGCUGAGGGUGGAGCAGACUCCCAACAACAGCAACAGCAGAUGCUCUCGGAGGCGGGGCCCACUAACCCAGACGACGAACUACAGGCCCGUCUGGAUUCAUUGAAGAAACAGUGA